AUGGGCAACAAUGAGUGGACCAUCGAAUUCGCCAAUGGAGCUCAAUUGUGAGACAUCAACAUGGCCAGUGAGCACGCAAAACUCCAAUUUUUGCCCCAUGCUUUGUUUUGGUGUUGAACUUCUAACAGUACAAUACAAGUAAAAGACAAUGUUCUACCUUUUCUUCUUUGCUAUUUAAACACUGUGCGCUAUUCUUUCUAGGCAUUUUCUUUCACACAAACCAAUUUUUUAUUUUUUUUUUAUCUCUCUGCUCCUUAAAAUCUCUUCCUUUGAUCAGACUCGGAACGUGUCAUGUGGUUUUCAGAGUGGAAACAAGUGAGUCGCUGAUCUUAACAAAGAGCUUCUACAAUGAGUUUGACUGGAACUGUGAAUGAUGCAACUGCUACAAAUUCUCCGUGUUGUUGUUCUGAGGCUUCAGGAUCGGGAUCUUGUUGUGGAUGUUCAUCUAACAACAGCUCCACUCAUAUUUGCUUCAAGUGUGACUUCAAUUGUGAUCCUUUACUCACUCUUGAAAAUGAAGACUCCAAGUGGAUCUCAGAUUCAAAUCCUUAUGGAUGUUCAUCUGCGAAACCUUCAUCUCCUCUUAGCACCAAUGGAAUACAUUGUGACAGAUCAAAAGAUAAUAUUAUUUCAGUGGAGCAUCUUCUAGAAAUAGAAGACAUGCAAGAGUUUAAUGUUGAUGAACCACUUUUUUGGCCAUUUGAAGCGAAAUUGAACUGGAAUUAUUCUGAGGAAUCCUGGAGUCCAUUUUGUAUCUCACCUAGGAAAAGGGUUGUCUUUGGUUCUAGAUCAAUGACAUCAAGGAUAAAGGAAAGUAAACAUAAAGACCCUGGAAUUGAAUGCAGUGUAACAUCUGAACCUUCAAGGAUAACCAUGUCAUCAAAAGGUUCAGCAGAGAUAGUAAAUUCAGAGUUGAAUGAUGAGAAAGUUGUACUGAAAAGCAGAGAAGAUGGCAACAAACUAAUAUUUGUUGACAAUCUUAAUGAGGAUCAUGAGCCAAACUAUGACCUUCAAUUAGCUAGAGGAGAUUUUUCUUUGGAUCAAGAGCCUGAGAUUCCAAUUGAGACAUUGGUGGGGCUCAAGGAAUUUGAUGGACAUGAAGGGCUUGAUUCAGAAUUUAAUGGUGAUGUUUUCAUGCUGGAGGAUUCUCUCUUAAUAACUCAUGCAAGUGAAUGUGUAGUUUCCAAAAAGGAUGAAUAGCAAACUGGACACUGAUAAAUAUCCGAACAGGGUUUACAUGAGUCAUGACUUCUUUAUAAGACCCCUUAUAAGCACGUUGAGUUUUUGGAGAAA